AUGCCCGGGCCCCUCGGGGCUGCCGGCGGCCUGGCCCCUGCGAUGCGCGGGGCAGGGGCGGCGGGGCUCCUGGCGCUGCUGCUGCUGCCGCUGCUGGGCCCGGGCGGCGGGGCCGAGGGGGGGCCGACCGGCGAGCGCGGCGCCGGCGGGGGCGGGGCGCUGGCCCGCGAGCGCUUCAAGGUGGUCUUCGCGCCGGUGAUCUGCAAGCGGACCUGCCUCAAGGGCCAGUGUCGGGACAGUUGUCAGCAGGGCUCCAACAUGACGCUCAUCGGAGAGAACGGCCACAGCACCGACACGCUCACGGGCUCCGGUUUCCGCGUGGUGGUCUGUCCUCUGCCCUGCAUGAAUGGCGGCCAGUGCUCCUCCCGAAACCAGUGCCUGUGCCCUCCGGACUUCACGGGCCGCUUCUGCCAGGUGCCCGCUGGAGGAGGCGCGGCCGUGGGCACCAUUGGCUCUGGCCCCGGGCCGGGCCGGGCCGGGCCCCUGUCUACAGGUGCACUAGCUCCGGAGGGUGACUCGGUGGCCAGCAAGCACGCCAUCUACGCCGUGCAGGUGAUUGCCGACCCUCCUGGACAGGGGGACGGACCCCCAGCCCAGCACGCCGCCUUCCUGGUGCCCCUGGGGCCAGGACAGAUCUCAGCAGAAGUGCAGGCCCCGCCCCCCGUGGUGAACGUGCGUGUCCACCACCCGCCGGAGGCCUCUGUCCAGGUACACCGCAUCGAGGGGCCCAACGCUGAGGGCCCGGCUCCCGUCCAGCACCUGCUGCCUCACCCCAAGCCCCUGCACCCGCGGCCACCCACCCAGAAGCCCCUGGGCCGCUGCUUCCAGGACACACUGCCCAAGCAGCCGUGUGGCAGCAACCCCCUGCCAGGCCUCACCAAGCAGGAAGACUGCUGCGGCAGCAUCGGCACAGCCUGGGGUCAGAGCAAGUGCCACAAGUGUCCCCAGCUGCAGUACACCGGGGUGCAGAAGCCAGGACCUGUACGUGGGGAGGUGGGUGCUGACUGUCCCCAGGGCUACAAAAGGCUCAACAGCACCCACUGCCAGGACAUCAACGAGUGCGCAAUGCCCGGCAUGUGUCGCCAUGGUGACUGCCUCAACAGCCCCGGCUCUUACCGCUGCGUCUGUCCACCUGGCCAUAGCUUGGGCCCCUCCCGCACGCAGUGCAUUGCAGACAAGCCAGAGGAGAAGAGCCUGUGCUUCCGCAUGGUGAGCCCCGAGUACCAGUGCCAGCACCCCCUGACCACGCGCCUCACCCGCCAGCUCUGCUGUUGCAGUGUGGGCAAGGCCUGGGGCACACGGUGCCAGCGCUGCCCUGCAGAUGGCACUGCUGCCUUCAAGGAGAUCUGUCCCGCGGGGAAGGGCUACCACAUCCUCACCUCCCACCAGACACUCACCAUCCAGGGCGAAAGCGAUUUUUCUCUUUUCCUGCAUCCAGAUGGGCCACCCAAACUCCAGCAGCCCCCUGAAAGCCCCAGCCGGGCACCGUCCCCCCAGGACACAGAGGAAGAGAGAGGGGUGACCACGGAGCCACCAGUGAGUGAGGAGCGAUCAGCGCAGCAGAGCCACUCCAUUGCCACCACCACGCCUGCCCGGCCUUUCCCGGAGUUGAUCUCCCGCCCCUCACCACCUACUAUGCACCGGUUCCUGCCAGACCUGCCUCCUUCCCGAAGCGCCGUGGAGAUUGCCCCGACCCAGGUCACCGAGACCGAUGAGUGCCGGCUGAACCAGAACAUCUGUGGGCACGGCGAGUGCAUCCCGGGCCCCUCUGACUACUCCUGCCACUGCAACCCGGGCUACCGCUCUCAUCCCCAGCACCGCUACUGCGUGGACGUGAACGAGUGCGAGGCGGAGCCCUGCGGCCUGGGCCGCGGCAGCUGCCUCAACACCGCCGGCUCCUACAACUGCCACUGCAACCGCGGCUACCGGCUGCACGUGGGCGCCGGGGGGCGCUCGUGCGUGGACCUGAACGAGUGCGCCAAGCCCCACGUGUGCGGCGACGGCGGCUUCUGCAUCAACUACCCCGGGCACUACAAAUGCAGCUGCUAUUACGGCUACCGGCUCAAAGCCUCGCGGCAACCCCUGUGCGAAGACGUCGACGAAUGCCGGGACCCGAACUCCUGUCCCGAUGGCAAAUGCGAGAACAGUCUUGGGAGCUUCAAGUGCAUCGCCUGUCAGCCGGGCUACCGCAGCCAGGGGGGCGGAGUCUGCCGCGACAUCAACGAGUGUGCAGAGGGCAGCCCUUGCACACCUGGAUGGUGUGAGAACCUCCCGGGCUCCUUCCGUUGCACGUGCGCCCAGGGUUAUGCGCCUGGGCCUGAUGGUCACAGUUGCCUGGAUGUGGACGAGUGCGAAGCUGGGGACGUGUGUGACAAUGGCAUGUGUACCAACACGCCCGGCUCCUUCCAGUGUCAGUGCCCCUCUGGCUACCAUCUGUCAAGGGACCGGAACCAUUGCGAAGACAUUGACGAGUGUGACUUCCCUGCGGCCUGCAUUGGGGGUGACUGCAUCAACAUCAACGGCUCCUACAGAUGCCUCUGCCCCCAGGGGUACCGGCUGGUGGGUGGCAGGAAGUGCCAAGACAUAGAUGAGUGCAGUCAGGACCCUAGCCUGUGCCUGCCCCACGGAGCCUGUGAGAACCUGCAGGGCUCCUAUGUUUGUGUCUGCCAGGAGGGCUUCACACCCACCCAGGACCAGCAUGGCUGUGAGGAGGUGGAGCAACCCCACCAUAAGAAGGAGUGUUACCUUAACUUCGAUGAUACCGUGUUCUGCGAUAGCGUGUUGGCCACCAAUGUCACCCAACAAGAGUGCUGCUGCUCGCUGGGUGCUGGCUGGGGAGACCACUGCGAAAUCUACCCCUGUCCAGUUUACAGCUCAGCCGAGUUUCAUAGUCUAUGUCCAGAUGGAAAGGGCUACACACAGGACAACAACAUUGUCAACUAUGGCAUCCCGGCCCACCGUGAUAUUGACGAGUGCGUGUUGUUCGGGGCGGAGAUCUGCAAGGAGGGCAAGUGCGUGAACACGCAGCCCGGCUACGAGUGCUACUGCAAGCAGGGCUUCUACUACGACGGGAACCUGCUGGAGUGCGUGGACGUGGACGAGUGCCUGGACGAGUCCAACUGCCGGAACGGAGUGUGUGAGAACACGCGGGGAGGCUACCGCUGCGCCUGCACGCCGCCUGCCGAGUACAGCCCCGCCCAGCGCCAGUGCCUGAACCCCGAGGAGCUGGAGCACGGUCCUGAGCGGCGCGAAGUGUGCUGGAGCCAGCGCGGCGAGGACGGCAUGUGCGUGGGGCCCCUCGCGGGGCCUGCCCUCACCUUCGACGACUGCUGCUGUCGCCAGGGCCGGGGCUGGGGCACCCAGUGCCGUCCGUGCCCACCGCGAAGCGCGGCGUCCCAGGCCCAGUGCCCGUCGCAGAGCGAGAGCAAUUCUUUCUGGGACACGAGCCCCCUGCUUCUGGAGAAGCCGCCGAGAGAUGAGGACAGCUCCGAGGAGGACUCGGACGAGUGCCGCUGCGUGAGCGGGCGCUGCGUGCCUCGGCCCGGCGGCGCCGUGUGCGAGUGUCCCGGCGGCUUCCAGCUGGACGCGUCCCGCGCCCGCUGUGUGGACAUUGACGAGUGCCGAGAGCUGAACCAGCGUGGGCUUCUGUGCAAGAGCGAGCGCUGCGUGAACACGAGCGGUUCCUUCCGCUGCGUCUGCAAAGCUGGCUACGUGCGCAGCCGCCCGCACGGGACCUGUGUGCCCCAGCGCCGCCGCUGACGCCCGCUUCGGCCUCACCUCCGAGACUGACAAUGGGUGGGGAGAGUGAGCUGGUGUCUUGCUCUGGUCUAAACUUGAGACACAGACCCAGGGACCUUCUGGGGCCCACAGACCUCUUCCUGCACCCUAACACCAGAGGUGCUCAGAGCAGGCCGCCCAGGUCAUGAGCUGUUGGGUCUCCAGGGCACUUGUCACACCCUUCCUCCGGAGGACAGUUCCUGUACUCUUUGCUUUCACAGCAAACUGGCUGUUCACAUCAGCAGUCUGGCUGGGGCUAACUGAACCUGGGCCAGGGGUGUGAAAUAGAAUUUAUUGUGGCUCUGAUUAUGUACACAUGAGAUGUGCCAGGCCAGGCCAGCCAGGCUCACAUGGUUUGUACAAUAAAUACAUCCGCAGGGCCUCCCCUCCAUGGCUGGAAGGCCCAGGAGGGUUCAGUCCAACUUCCGGGCUCCCAGCUUCA